ACCUUGAAUCUACGAUGCCAAAUAAGUAACACCAAAAACAGCUAUACCAAAACCUCUCAAAGCCAGCUUCUUAACUCUACUCCCACUACACCUACAAUAUUUAACCCUUUCACAUUCAAAUCAGCCAUAUCUGCCUCAAAUAUUCUCCCUAUUUUAUGUUGAAACCAGCUAGAUCAAGCCUCUCACACCUGUUUAAAAGCAAACUGUCACAUCACUGAAAACCUGAAGCUAUGAGACAAUACAUGAUUACUUCAGAGCAAGCUUGGUACUUAUUCUAUCGGCCUCUUUUGCUGAUCCACUAAGUUACAAGGGAUGUAAACACACCAAAACCAGUUGUCAAGCAGUAGUGGGAGACAAACACAGACACAAAGACAUGCACAAAUGUAUAUAUACACAUAUACAUAUAUAUACACAGAUCUAAUCAGCAUGCUUGCCUCCAUGGGACUGAGAAUCACCAUACAGACCAACCUCACAACUGCAGACUUCUUAGAUGUCAUGCUCGACUUGGCUCCAGUACAUACAGACCCUACUGAAAACGAAAUGAGAGGCUAACGUACAUCAACAUAGCCUCCUGUCACCGACCCAUUGUGUUCAAAAACUUGGCAGGACUAAUCAACCAGUUGAUGUCAGAAGAGCUUCUAUUUGAUGAGCUCCAUGCUGAUUGUGGAAUAUCUAAUGCAAGUGUUUUGGAGAUUAAGGACAAGAGGAGUGCUUCAAAGAAUCUUGCUUCUCAACUCGAGGCACGACUACUUCUUUUGAAGUUCCUGGCUACCAAAGACAAAGAAUUACUGGAUCCAAUUUGCUAUGAUGGAACCAAACUCAAAGAGCUGAAAGAAUUGAGCGAAAAUUUGGCAGAGAAAAUCAAUAACCUUAUUCCUGAACUAAGCCAAAGAUUUAUCAACCUUCAUGAAAAAAUGAUAAUUCUUGCAGACAAAGUGACUGCAGUGAAAGCUAAGUCUCAGCAAUACAGCAAGUUGAAACGAGAAAAAGUUGACAAAAUUCAAGAAAUCUUUGAACAACAUCUUCCUGCCAGUGAUUUCUAUCUCCAUGAAGAUUUGCUCUCCAAAAUUGAGACGGCCAAAAUGAUGUGCCAGAAUGGCAAGGAAAAUUUGAGUAAACUCCAGAUAAAACUGGAAGAUAUGAAGGGAUCCUGUGAACAACUUACAGAAACUUUAUCACAGAAAGAAAACCUAUAUCAAACGCAGAAUCAAAAAUUGGAAAAGCAAUUAAAUUUAAGUCAACAGCUGCAUCAGAUGUAUGAAUCAUUCACAGGUGUCAGUUUACAAAAAUAUGACAAGAAUUCUGUUCAAAUUGAACUGAAAGCACCCCAAGAUGGUGGUACAUCUCUCCUUGUUACUUUCUUCUUCAAACAAUCACAGAAUGGUACCAUGCUGGUGUCAGAGGUUCAGGUGAACAAUUCUGAUGUUUAUAUAACUGAUUGCAUUGAACAUGUUCAGAAAAUCCAGAAUUUACCCUCUUGUGUAAAGAACAUCAUAGAUCGAUGGCACUAUUAUUCCAGUUUGAAGGAACAGAUCAAUGAUAUUCAGAACAGACUUCCAGCUGAUUGGAUACAGCACUUAAACAGACUGCGUGUUAUUGUUGGCAAGAAUGCUAACAUUAUAUGCACAUUGCAGCUGUCAUCUGCUGACCAUCCAAAUAUUGCACUUCUUUCUGUGAGAAGUGGAGACGUGAAAAUGAAGGGCAAUAUUGCGCCUACCAAAACGGAUGCUUCUGUCAAAGAGUGGGUUGCAUACCUUGAGGAAUAUUUUGGUCAGAACCGUCCUGUUGGAGUGUUCUAGAGCACUAUCCAUAAAGAAAACAGUUUUGGGUAUAUUCUUCCAAGGAAUAGAAUUGUUGCCUGCUUUAAUUUCAAAUGAAUUUACCAAAUUCUUCAAUGAAAUUUCCAUUCCUGUUAUUUGUUUUUUUUCUGGCUGUUGUCAUUGCACUACAUUUGCAAGAGAGUAAACAGUGUUGGUAAUGUGAGCACUUCCUGUCUGUCUGCCUCUCUCUUUUUCAGUUUCUCUUUCAUCCUCUCUCUCCCUCCUCUCUCUCUAUCUAUUUAUCUAUCUAUCUACCCAUCCAUCUAUCUAUCUACCUACCUACUUACCUAUCAUUUGUUUAUACUUAUCUCCUUUUUAUCUUCAUUCUUCUUUCUUUUAUACCAAUCUCUCCUUUCCUUAUUCUACUUCUCAUUCAUAUUUCCACAACAGAUAAAAACUGUAUUACCCCACAGAAACUGCUUCAUUCUGUUACUUAUAUAUUACAUGUAAACAUAUAUCAUCCCUUAUCAUAACAAAUACAAGAAGAAACCAAGUGGCAAUAAAAUAAAACUAUUUAAAAUGUUA